UGGGGAGGGGGCCGGUGCUAUAAAUGGGAUUAAAGCGCUCAGGCGGCAGGAGUAGUGAUAGUAGAGAGGAGGGAGAGCCCGACCCAACAGCACUGCGGCGCAUGUGCUCCCGCGUGCCCGCUCCGUCCGCGGCGGAGGAGGAACUAGCACCCCCGAAAAACUGACAAGAGACCAACGGUAGCUGCAGCUCCAGGGAGCCCGCGUUCAGGCUUCCCCUUUGGGGGUGAAGUAGCUGCAAACCGGCGGAGGGGUUGAUGUUGAUGUGGGAGAGAAGGGGGGGGAGUGGACUUAAGGAGUGUUUGAUUCUCCAAACUUGCUAAAACUCAACUUAAAUAGAAGUUUUUGCUUUAUUUUUACAUUACAAAAAAAAAAAAAAUGGAGAACCAAACCGGGGAGCAGGGCAGCGGCGAGGACGUGCGGAGGAGCGGCUACCUCCGCAAGCAGAAGUCUAUGCACCGGCGGUACUUCGUGCUCCGCGCCGCCUCGGAGCGCGGCCCGGCCCGCCUGGAGUACUACGAGAGCGAGAAGAAGUUCCGCGGCAAGGCCCCCGUCCCGAAGAAGGCGCUCGCGCUGGAGACCUGCUUCAACAUCAACAAGCGCGCCGACGCCAAGAACAAGCACAUGAUCGUGCUGUACACGCGCGCGGAGAGCUUCGCCGUGGCCGCGGAGAGCGAGGCGGACCAGGACGAGUGGUACCAGGCCAUGGUGGAGCUGCAGUGCAGAAGUAAAAACCCCAGCGACAGUGGAGCUACGGGCGACUACGGGGUCCCUAAUCCCGGGCCUGCGUUCAAAGAGGUUUGGCAGGUGAAGGUGUGGCCCAAAGGCCUGGGUCAGGCCAAGAACCUGGUCGGCAUAUUUCGCCUUUGCCUCACCGACAAGACUGUCAACUUUGUGAAGUUAAACUCUGACGCUGCUGCUGUGGUGCUACAGCUGAUGAAUGUGAGGCGCUGCGGCCAUUCGGAAAACUUCUUUUUCAUUGAGGUGGGACGAUCUGCUGUGACAGGCCCAGGCGAGUUCUGGAUGCAGGUGGAUGAUUCGGUGGUGGCCCAGAAUAUGCAUGAAACCCUGUUAGAGGCGAUGAAAGCCUUAAGUGAGGAGUUUCGCCAACGCAGCAAGUCCCAAUCAAACUCUGGUCCAGGAGGCGGUGCUACUGCUUCGAACCCCAUCAGUGUUCCCUCACGCCGCCACCAUCCAAACCCUCCUCCCAGUCAGGUUGGCUUCCUCCGAAGGCCGCGAACCGAGCCGCCAGGGGGAGCCAACUGUGGAUCGGCGGUCAACAGUGGCAGUGCUUCUCCAACCCCAAGGCCCAACUUCCCUAGGUCUCGCACAGCGAGCGAUGGAGGCAAAAGCGAGGAUGGAGUGGCAGGGUCAACUCCUCUUCAGAUUGGGAAUUCCAGAGCAUCAGCAAAUGGGUCCUGCUCAACCACCCCGAUCCUCAGGUCCAAGUCGGCUCGCUCAGCCCCCAACUCGGGUGCUAAAACUCCCCUUGGGUUGAUGCGCUCUAUCUCUACCCCGGCACCCUCACCAGCCCCGAGUUUAUCAUCAAGCUCGGGUCAUGGCUCUGAAUUUGGAGGUGUAGCUCCUACAGCCACUGUUCAAGGAACCAGUGCUUACAGUCGUGUCCUCUCUCAUCAGACCUCUGUUUCAGGUUCUCCCAGUGACUAUGGCUCUUCAGAUGAAUAUGGUUCCAGUCCUGGAGAUCAUGCUCAUCUUCCCUCUCCGACUCUCACUGGAGACUCUGCUGGUAGCAUCAGCAGCCAGUCUCUUGGGGAUGAUGGUACUAACUAUAUUCUGAUGGGUCACAGUGGUGGUGAUGGCAACAAUAAUCAAAGAAACUUGAUGUCCAGCUCCCAACCUCCACCGGGAACAUUAGCCUUUGGCUCCCAGGCUGUGACGAGAAGAGUGCUGCGCCGCUCCUCUAGCCGUGAAUGUGAAGCAGAACGUAGACUGCUGAGCAAACGCGCCUCCCUGCCGCCCAUGGCUCUGGAAAGACUGGCUCCACGUCAGCGCAGAGCUGAGCAGCCUGGAGAUGAAGAUUCAGCAGAUUAUGCCAUUAUGUCAAGAAGCACAAGCCGAGAACUCUUUGCCUCUUCCUGUUCUUCGACUCAAGGGGAACAGGCAGGUGGUGCUGGCACAGGUGGAGGUGGGUACUUGGAGGUGGCGGGAGAGCUCAAAAGUGAUGGAGGUGCUGGGGCACGCAGUGGUGCAGAUUUGGGCAUAGACAAUGGGUACAUGUCCAUGCUACCUGGGGUCACACAUCCGCCUGUAUCCCUGUCCCAGUCACUGGCCGUCUCUUUCCCUGACACAGACUUCAAACCUACUGAUGACUACAUGGCCAUGACCCCCAACAACAGCGUGUCUCCCCCACAGCAGAUUCAUCCUCCACCAGCUUCUGAUGGCUACAUGAUAAUGUCCCCCAAUAGUAGCUGCUCCCCAGACCAGCGCGGAGGUCUCUCUGGAGGGACUUGGCAAGGCAGCGGUAGUGCAGACAGCAGAGCUGGCAGUGAUUAUAUGAACAUGUCUCCAAUUAGUACACGCUCGGUUAACGGUAGCUCCCCACCUCCUGACAACACCAGCCACUUGGAAGCAAGUUUGCAACAAGCCCCUAAAAUGGUGUAUUCCUACUAUUCCCUUCCACGGUCAUACAAACAUAACCCCUCAUCUGUACAUUUUGACAGCGGCCCUGGACGAGGUCGAAAAUCUAACGGCAGUUGCAGUAAGGGAACAGGUGAUGGUAGAACUAAUGGAAGGUGCCAAGAACAGCCAGCAGCUAGUGGUUCAGGGGUUGGACGCCACUUGUCACUGUCCUCCUCCUCCUAUUCCUCCAGCUCAGCCAGCAGUGAAAGCCUUGGGGAAACCGAUGAUCGGACUAGUCAGGCACUGAGUAAUCUGCUGAGUGGAUCCCAGUUAAAGGAUAGGAGCAAGCUCACAGAAAAAAGGGGUUGUGGUGGUUUGUCCAAGCAGGGUAGCCAUGCUAGAAGCAGACCGGUGAGUCUUUUCGUUGAUGUGUCUAAGGCUAACACUCUCCCCCGGGUUCGUGAGAACCCAUUACCUCCAGAACCUAAAAGCCCUGGGGAGUAUGUCAGCAUUGAAUUCAAAGGAGAGAAGUGCAACUACCCAGGGGGGACAGCAGGACGAGGCAGAGGUCUCAGAUAUGGAUCGUCAUCACCCCAUGGCUCAAGUAGUCAACAUUCUCGAAGCAGGCCAACUUCUUCUGUAGGAAACAUCAACCCGGAUUCUCGUAGUCCAACUACUCCCAUUUCUCCUCCAACUGCGUCCGAGUAUGUUAACAUGGACCUGGGCCCUUCUCCAUCCCCCUCACCUUUGUCUGCUACUCCAUUAGUUUUCCCAUCUUUCCACACCCCUCCCACACCCCCAACUCUUGUUCAUGUUCCUAAAAUUUGUAAUGAAGGUGCUAUUAAUCCACGUGACAAGGGAGCUCAAUUGGCUGAAGCACCCCUUAGGAAAAGCAGAGUCGGUGUCCUUUCAGCAACUGACUCUGAGUCUCCUACAUCCUGCGCAGACUACACUGAGAUGGCCUUCAGCUUGAAUAACAACACCGUCCCUCUGUCAUCAUCGAGCGUCUCCCCUAAAGUCACGUCCCCCACCCUAAUCGAUUCUUCGGUUUCAGUGCUCUCAAGGGGUCUAGACUUUUCACUGGGGAAAUCAGGAACCAACCCAGACCAAGGGGCUAAAGUGAUCCGCGCUGACCCCCAAGGGCGCAGGCGGCACUGCUCUGAAACUUUCGUGGCCUCACCAUCCCUUCCCUCUACCUCAACUUCCUCGUCAACCGCAUCACUAUUUCCAGAACAUGCACAAGCGGUGGCCCGCCGCCUGGGUUUUGAGAGCAUGCUCUGGGGAAAUGGUGCCAUGACUGAUGCCCCCAUGCCAUGCCCCCUCCCAGGACAGCAGUCACUUCCUGCAAACAAUCCGGCUACGCCCCCUGAACGCGGCCUCAACUACAUAGACUUGGACUUGGUCAAUAAAGAGAGUCCGCACACAGACCUGGACGGGGCUUCAGGAAGUCAGCCCUCAUCUCGGCUCUUCUCUGUUGUGGGCGGGGGAUCUGUGGUCGGAGGAGUGGGUUCAGCGGUUGGUGGAAACAACAACUCCAGCCUCAACACGUAUGCCAGCAUUGACUUCUACAAAUCAGAAGAGCUUCGGACACAUCAAAACGGAAACAAGGAGGGAACAGAGAGCUGAUGUCAGGGGCUCGCCUUUGAGGACACGACCUGGUACCGCUCAAAGCGCUUCAACACUCCCGUUUCUUUUGUGACAGCCAAUCACACGGAGAGGACAGCUGGACCCGAUGUUACCCUGAAGCACUUUGACAGACGCCGAUGAAAAAAAAAAAAACUAUUUUUUUUAAUCUCUUCACUUUCAUCUGUCUGGUGGAGCAAACCAACAGGGAUGUGUGCCAAAUGACAUUCUUUAAAAGAAAAGAAUUACAAAAAAAAAAAAAAAGUAUUUGCUGCUCCCAUUCUUGUACUAAAAGCCAAUGACAGGAGGGUACAAAAACAGACAAAAGUGCUUUUCGUUUUAUUUUUGUUUUUACCUAAUUAAAAAACCUUGAAUGGCAAAGAGAAUAAUCUGUCUAAAUUCUGUGUGAAAAUAGAUCCUAAAUGGAAAUAUAUGUCAAAGUGCCUAAUUUUUCAUGUAAUGAUCAUUUUCAAAAUUAAUCAGACUAAAGCAUUUAAUUAUAUUUUUUCAUGUUUGAUUUGAUAUAUUUCAAAAUCAAAUAGUGCUUAGAAAUGUCCGUUAGCGGAUACCGCGUUCAUGCUAGCUAGAAAAUAUCUUUAGACAAACUUUAAAAGAAUGCAUAUUUUAAUUUGCAGAAGCGAGCGCCAAAAUCUAACAUUAAAAUGGUACCAGCAAUUUGCUAGCAGUUUUCUACUAUGAGAAAUAUUAGCAUGGUAGCUGUUAGCAUUCUUUCUUAGCAUUGUUUGCAUAAAAGCCUCUUUCUUUUUGACCUUUUAAUGAGCCAUAAAUGAAAGUAUUAAUUAAAGACAGGCUUGAAACAAAAUGGCGCUCGUAGCAGGGAAUGCAUCUGUCUGCUUGCUAGCUCUAAGCCAGCAAGAUCAGAUUAACAUAUUAGCAUCGUGUCAGGACGUAAAUUCACUGUCCUGCUGACCCCAGCUCAGGGUUAGGCCCCCUGAUAUAGAGCCAAGCAAUCCUAUUAGUGAUAUUACCUUCAGACACUCAUUUAAUCCGUUUCAUCUCAGGGUGCUAAAUAAAUAACAUGAGGUACAAACAGCUGAGGACAGACAACCGAUCAUUAGCUAUGCUAAUGCUAGCUUUAUCGCAGUCAGCACACUACGUUUCAGCGCUUGGAAACAAACAAACUCAACAAUUUGCUGCAGUUAUGUUACACAACUCAGAAGAUUUGUGUUAUAUUUGAUCAAAUGUAAACCCUAUGCUUUCUGUCUGUAGCUUAGGUCAAUCUUUGCUAUGCAUUAGCACUUAAGUGCCUGUCUUUUCCUGUCUGUCUAGACCGUUUUAACAACUAGCCAUAAGUAAUACCGUUUUUCUAAGAGCUUAUAUCAAGUUUAAUUUUUGGGCUGUACAGUUCUCGUGAAUCAAAUCUUUGUGUGUUUUAGGGUUUAACUUGCCACGAUGGUCCUAAUCUAAGGAUAUUUUUUUUUGUGUUUUGUUUUUUUGUAGCAGCCAAACACCAAUUGGUUCUCACAUCAGAAUGCAUUAUUUUAAUUUUUGUGUGUGUGUGUGUUGCAAUCUCCUGAAGAACUCUUGACAGCGAGGAGCGCGAACUGUGACAUAUCUGAUUCUCUGGGAAGAAAGUGUAAAGACUUGCAGAUGCUUUACCAUUAAACUAGUUUUUGCCAGAGGCUUAAUCGUGCAUGAUGAAAGAGAAAAGCCAUCAUGAAAAACAACAACGUGGACUUGUGUGUAGCUUUAUACUGUACUCUUGUGUUUCUCUAUCUCUUCUGACUCUCAGAGCUUCAUCGCGCUUCUUUGUUCAGAAGAAACCUUUCAGUCAAGUGAUUCGUAGACACAUUAAUUUAAGAUUUGUGACCAGCAGAUAAACACCUACAAUUGUUUUUUUUAUAUAUAUAUAUAUAUAUAUAUUUUGGAGAUGUUCUCAUGUCAGCCAAAUGCUUAAAGGUACUUGUAGUCUCUAGAGGAAGCAAACAAAAGCCGGCUAUCUGUUCGUGACGAGCAAACUUAAUGGUUAUGCCGUGUGGAGCCCCCCGCUAUGCCCUGAGCUCUCUAUGAACACUUUAAAAUUGCCUGCAGCCCGGAAAAUUUCGUACGUGGCUGCCUCUCGAUGGUCACAGCCUCGUGCUAGAAAUCAUGGGAGAGCUCAGGGAAAGGUGAAGCAGAGGGGAGAGUUGAGUUCAGCCAUUCAGAUGUCUGUAUGUUUUCAUUCAUUGUUGGCUAAUUUAAAUAUGCUCGUGUUGCAAAAUGGUACUGCUGCUGUUCUUCUUUUCUUUCUUUUUUUAUUGAUUUAUCUAUUCCUUUGAGGGAUUGGACCCUCUCUUUUUUUGGAGAUUUGUCAUUGAUGUAGAGGGUUUUACUUCUGUUGCUUUAGAAAAACAAAUUUGUCCAAAAAAAACCAACAACAACAAA